CUCUCUCCUCUCCUCAGAGAGCCCGCACCGGCGGCCCCCGGCGUGGGACGCGCCCGCGGCGAGGAGCUGCGGCCGGCAGCCCGUGUUCCCCCUCGCCCAUGGCGGGGCCGCGGGACCCCGCGGAGCGCUGCUCCUGCCGCAACACCGACUGCGUGGAGCGGCCGCUGCGGCGGCUCUUCGAAGGGCUGGCGAGCGGCGUGGCCGCCUGCCCCUGGCCCUUCGUGCUGGUGCCGCUGCUACUGUCGGGCGGGCUGGGCGCCGGGUUCCUCUUCCUGCCGCAGCGGCAGGCGAACGACAUCGAGGGGCAGUUCACGCCGACGGGGGGGCCCGCCAAGGCCGAGCGCGACUUGGUGCGGCGGCACUUCCCCACCGACGACUCGCAGCGCUUCUCCGCCCCGCGGCUGCCCACCGAGGGCGCCUACGCCGCCCUCAUCGCCGUCGUGACCAACGGCACCUCGGUCCUGCACCCCACGGCGUGGGCAGAGGUGCUGCGGCUGGACGAGACCGUGCGCGACGCCAACUACGAGCGGCUCUGCGCCCGCAGCAACGGCAGCUGCGCCAGCCCCAACCCGCUGCUGUCGCGGAGAGGCCAUGAGCGACCGCCCGCCCCGGGGAGCCUCCAGUUCCCCGUCAACGGCAGCGUCUUCCUGGGGGCCGCGCUGGGCGGCGUGGACACGGAGGGCGAGCGGCUGCUGUCGGCGCGGGCCCUGAAGCUGGUGUAUUACCUGCGGGAGGACGGCCCCGAGGCGGAGGACAGCCGGCAGUGGCUGCAGAGCUUCCUGCGGAACAUCUCGUCGAAGCUGAGGGAGUUGGACCUCAGCUCCAUUCAGGUGACUUACUUUACAUCGCUGUCCAGACAACAGGAGUUUGAAGGAAAUACCAAGAGCGUGAUUCCGCUCUUCUCCGUAACAUAUUUCUUGACAAUAACCUUUGCAAUCGUCUCUUGCUUAAGACUGAGCUGUAUAAGAAAUAACGUCUGGCUUGCCUGCUGUGGAGUGGUUUCUGCCGGCUUAGCUGUGUUAAGCAGCUUUGGAUUGAUGCUCUUUUGUGGAGCGCCGUUUGUGGUCACUGUAGCAAAUGCACCAUUCCUGAUUCUGGGAGUUGGCGUUGAUGACAUGUUCAUCAUGAUCGCUUCCUGGGAACAAAGUUCAAGGAAAAAAGAGAAAUCCAAUGUUAAAUCUCUGCUGGCUGAGACUUACUCAGAGGCAGCACUUUCCGUGACCAUCACCACUCUCACGGAUGUUUUGGCCUUCUUCAUUGGCACCUGGACUGCUUUUCCAUCCGUGAGAGCUUUUUGUCUCUAUACUGGCACUGCUUUUGUCUUCUGUUAUGUAUAUACCAUGACCUUCUUUGGGGCAGUUCUUGUAUUAAAUCAUAAAAGGGAGCAAGGAAACCGACACUGGCUGACUUGUAUGCGUGUGGGAGUAGAUCAAGAUCAGGCUGAGAAGUCCUGCUUGUACAAUGCUUGCUGUAUCGGCAGCUGUUCCAGGCAGUCCUCUGAACAUCCAAUGAGCAUAUUCUUUAAAGAGUAUUACGGGCCUUUUUUUACAAAUAAAUGGAUCAAGCUACUCGUGGUGUUGCUGUACGGGGCAUAUUUGGGUGGCAGUGUUUACGGGUGUACUCAGAUCAGGGAAGGCAUUGAUCUUCGAAAUCUGGCUAAUGAUGACUCAUAUGUUAUUCCAUACUAUGAUGAUGAUGAGGAAUACUUCUCGACAUAUGGACCCAGGGUCAUGGUUGUCAUUACUGAAAGGGUAGAUUACUGGAAUGAGACGGUUCGUCAAGGCAUUGAGGAGUGUGCACAGAAUUUAGAGAGCAUUUCCUACAUAGAUAAGACCCUGUCAGAGUCAUGGCUGAGAGUAUACACAGUACUCGCUGAAAGGAGUCACAUAAAUAUAAACACUAAGACUCAGUUCUUUAAUAACCUACUUGUACUGUUCCAAUAUGAAAGCAACUUUGCGUGGGACAUGAACAAGACUCGGGAUGAAAUAGAAGCUUCGCGUUUCUUUAUCCAGACAGUGAACGUGACCACGGCGGUUGCUGAGAAGAAUCUUCUCAAUCAGUUAAGAGAGACAGCCAGGCAGUGCAGUAUUCCACUGAAGGUGUAUCACCCAGCGUUCAUCUACUACGACCAGUACCUGGUAAUAGUGCAGAACACCGUUCAGAACGUUGUCGUUGCUGCCGGGGCAAUGCUCGUUGUCUCUCUUCUGCUCAUUCCCAACCCGCUGUGUUGCCUGUGGGUGACUUUUGCUAUAGCUUCUGUUAUAGUUGGUGUUGCCGGUUUCAUGUCUUUUUGGAACGUCAAUCUUGAUUCCAUAUCCAUGAUCAACCUGGUCAUUUGUAUCGGGUUUUCGGUAGAUUUUUCUGCUCAUAUUUCCUAUGCCUUUGUUACAAGUGGAGAGUCAUCAGCCAAUAAAAGGGCAAUCGAAGCUCUGUCCCUGCUUGGCUACCCGGUAUUACAAGGUGCAGUUUCUACUAUAUUAGGAGUCGUUGUCCUGGCUGCAGCAAAAACCUACAUCUUUAGGACCUUUUUCAAGAUCAUGUUUCUUGUCAUUUUGUUUGGUGCUCUUCAUGGUCUUGUUUUCAUUCCAGUGUUUUUAACAUUUUUUGGAAAAUUUGACACAUCAUCCCACAAUACGAAAUCCAGCAACAGAUCACCUCACAAUACCACGUCUGAAAAGCAAGAGACUAGGUUUAGAAGUGAUAAAGACUGCCCGUGAAUAAGUUAAACGGAAAAUAUUAUAUA